AUGCACAGCAAAGGCAGUGCGCUCAAUGGCGCGGAGGAGGAGAGGGAGUGGGAGACAAGUCCAGGCGGUCGGACAGCAAUUCCCCGGGUCGUGGAGACAAGCCUUGGCACGCUAUCCGCAGCAAAUCGGACCCUUUCAGAAUUUCAGUACGAUUUGAACAGUGGCCUCUCCCAGCUCGCACAGCAAGCAGACGUGGCCAGGCGCACCGCUUCUACAGCCAAAGCCCAUGUCGGCUUCCUGCAACAGCUUGUAUCGCCACGCAAGUCCGCCCCUGGAACCGACAGCCCCCGGCGCCUGGGGUGGAGCGGCGCGCAGGGGGCAGCUGUGCAAGGCGCGUACGGGAACCCAGCAGCCGAAGACGUGUCAAUCAGGUUCCAGGCAGGCUCACCUAAUCCGGAGAUCGCGUCCUUGCUGCGCGUCCUGCAGGAGGCAGCCCAGCAGCGCGCUCUGGCGGAGACGUCUCUGUUACAGUCGCCGUCGCCUCGCGCAACGAUAGGGAUCUGGCCCGAGGACCUUCCACAGCGAGGCACCGCCAGCUCGCCGCUGUUGGGGCGCUUCGACGAUUCCGACAGCUGGACGCCUCGGUUGCGGCCCGGCGAUGGAGGUUCGACGGAGGGCGGUGUGUCCUACUCAGGGGCGGUCGACACACCCGCGCUGUCUAAAAUCAGCCGCCAGAUGUUCGCACAGGAGAUUGACGCGGAAGACGCGGAGGAGGAUCGGGGAUUUUCAGUUGCGAAAGAAGCUUUGCCAAGCGCAUCUCCUAGGCCACCACGAAAAGACACGGGCAGCCAGCUGCCGCAGUCGCAGUCGCAGUCGCCGUCCUUGGUUGAUGAGGAUCUGGAGGAGAAGGCGGAAAAACUUCGGACGUUGGAGCGUGGCAUCUACGAACUGGAGGCGAGGCGUGAGGAGCUGCUUGAGACACUCGCAGACACGUCGUCGCGGGUCACUACUUGCAUCUUUGAGCUGGAAUCCGUGAAGGUGGAGGUUCAAACAGCGAAGUCCGAGCUGGAGGCGGAGAAGCAGCGAAUCGUGGCCGUGAACGAGCAGCGCCAAAUUGCCGAGCAGCGCCUGAUAGACAAGUUGCAACAGCUUCAGCAGCUGGACGCGCUGUGUCAGCAGCACCCUGAGUGCAGCAGCUCUCAGUCCUUGGACUCGCACCCGAAGGAGGGCUCUGAGGGUUCCGGACAGCAGAGUGUUGUCGAGCGGGACGGCACGACAGCAGGGGUGGGUACCGCCGGCCGGCAGACCAGCGCCUCCGCGCCAGCCUCCGCCGGCCUGUCGGACCCCGCCCAUGAUGCAUCCUCCCCCGUCUUCGAGCAGGUCGUAUCCUUGCAGAAGGAGCUGCAAUCGCUCGCAGCCGAACACAGCAAGGUUCUGCACCAGCUGGAACAGGAACGUCACACCAGCAUGUCGCAGCAGGGCGAGGUCAUGACACUCCGCCAGAGGCUGCGCGCACACCAAGUGGCGGGGAUCACCACAAGUAGCGGUGCCAGCGCUAGCGCCGCCAGCAGCCGCUCCGGCACGACCCUGAAGCGGCCCCUGUCAGCCGCCAUGUCUGGCAUGGAGGAGGUGAUGGAGGAGGCCGCCGCGGACCUGGAACAGCUAGAAGGCCAUGUCGCCAACGUGACCCAGCGCCUGCUGGACUUGCAGUCCCAGAAUCUGCGGCUGGCUCACCAGGUGUCGGCGGCGCUGCACGCCAAAACGACGGCGGAGGCGGAGGCAAAUGAGGCAUUGCAGCGGCUCAAGGCGCUACGGGAGGAAGCCGAGGCAGCGCAACGCGCCGCGGGUACCAUCCAGCUAAGCUCCGUGCGCCUGAAUGCCGAGCUGGCCGCAACCCAGGUGGAGCUUCGGCACGCGCAGGAGAGGCUCGCGGAGCAGCAGGAGCAGCUGCGGCAGCGCCGCCAGCUGGUUCAGGAACAGGACGAGCGUGUGCAGGAGGUGCAGCGCCGCGCCUUGCAGGAGGAGCAUGCCCGCGAAGUUGCGGAGCAGACGCGUCGAGCUGCCGAGCACGCUCUGCAGCAGCUGCAGGCUCGGCUGGAAGAGGUUCUGCAGAGGACGCAGCAGGCUGAACGCGAGGGCUCAUCUGUUCGGACGGCGGCGAGGGACCUCGCCUCCGAGAUGGAUAAGGCCCGCGGGGACCGUGAUAAGGCUUUGGAGGAGCUGGCGGGGCUUCAGCUGAAACUGGUGGAGUGUCGUGCCGAGUUGUCCUCCUUGGCUGACGCAGUGGCAGCUGCAAGGGAAGACCGCGCGCGGGACGCCGAGGCAGCGGCGGCUACUGCCAGGCGCCGAGAGGAAAUGGAGGCGCAGCUGCGGGAUCUGCGGAGGGCUGUGGAACUGAGCAAGGAGCAAGCCGAUGCUGUGGAGCGCCAGGCCGCUGCAGCUAAGGACGACCUCGAUGCCGCGCAGGCGCAGGUUCUGGCCUGCACCGAGCAGAAGGAGAAAUUGGAGCGCGAGCUCGAGGUGUGCUUGAAGGAGUUGGAGCGUGCCCGGCAGCAGGUGCAGAUGGGAGAAGCGGAAUCUCGCGAUGUGGAGGAACAGCUUUCAAAGCUACGGCAGGAGCAGCAGGUGGCUCAACAGCAGCUCGCGGACGCUGCGGUCCAGGUUGCGGCUCUGGCAAGUGCCGCUACUGGCGCUGCGUCGUUCGGCGGCGCCGGUUUUGCAGCAGCUCCCGUGGACACGAGCAACCCGGCUGCUGCUGCGGCUGCUGUCGCUGUCGCUAACCCAGUCCUUGGCCUGGGCCCGUUCGCAGCAGCGACGGCGCAGCUCAAUAGUGCCUUGCAUAGCGGGUCUAUCGCGGGGCAAUCCCACCUUGCGACAAUCCUACAGCUCCAGGCUGAGUUAGAGGCCCUGCAGGUCGCCCUGGUUCAGGCGCAAUCACGGCAGCGUCUGGGCGAGCAGCGAGCAGCUGACGCAGAGCAGCUGUGCACCGAGCUCCAGGCGCGGCUCAAUGCCAUGCGCGUGCAGCAGACAUUCCGCCCGGAUACCGAUGCGCAGUCCUCGUCCUCGGGAGCGAGUCAGAUCUGGAGGAUCAAGGAGGAGUGCAGCAGCUUGGAGGAGACCUUGCAGCGGGAAAGGGCUGUGUCUGGCCGUAUGAGGCAGCAGGUUGAGGCGCUUCAGGAUGAGCUUCAGGCCACGAACAUGAAGCUACGCUCAGCCGAAGCCGCGUUGGCUAGCCAACGCCAGCAACUGCUGCAGCAGCAGCAGCAACUGCAGCAACAAGAGGCUGAUCAGUUCUCACGUGUUCAGCGUAAUACAAGCCCGGGUGGCAGUCAUCACGGAAGUCCGCAAGCAGGAAACCUGCAUAGAUCACCGCCUCGCCCCACCAGCGGAAGUGCAACAGGAGCGUCAACAGGCGCGUUGGCGUCGAGCCCAGUCGAACUGGCAAGGCAGCAGCUACGCAUGAUCCAGGCGCAGAUAGUACAGCAUGAGAAGGUCAACAAAGAUCUUCUGGAGGGCCACACAAGUCUGCAGCGUGUCGGCGAGGAGAUGCAGUCGAAGCUUGAGGAGGCAGCUAGCCAGCUCAUCACCUUGCGGGCUCAGUUUGAGAAGGGCAAACGCAAGGUGGAGUCGCUUCAGGUGCAGAAGGUCGAGCUGCAAGAGCACAUCGCGGCGCUGACGUUACAGGAGCAGCAGGCGCGCAACCGCCUGGGCGAGGUGCAGCAGCAAACCAUCGCCCAUCACAGCAAUGCAUCCGCGCUGCAGCAAGCCGUCACACGCACUGAGGAGGAGCUCCGGGAUGUGCGCGCACAGCUGGCAGACGCGCAGCGCGCCCUCUCGAUUGCGCUGACGCAGCGCGAUGGCGCCCUUGCGCAGGCCGCCGCCGAGGCGGCGCGGCGGAAGAGGUCAGGGCGGGGCGACGGCGUCGUUAGCACGCCACGAGAGCGGGAGCUGGGCUUGGAUGCGGAGGAUUCAGCAGAGGCCGAGGUGCUCGGCCUCAAACAGCAGCUGCAGGCGGUCAGGCAGGCACAGGAGGCGACCGGGGCGAGCUUGGCUGAGGAGCGCCGCCAGCUGCAGCAGUGCAAGGCGGAGCUGGCGGCGGCGUUGACGGUCCGCGCGUCAUAUGAAGCGGCGACGGCCCGGCUGCAGCAGGACUUGGAGAAGCUUCAGGCAACGCUUUCCGCCAGGUUGGCUGACUCGCCGGGAACCAUAAGCGGUAUUACAGCGGAUGUGGUGGCAGCAGCACGGCGGGAGCUGCAUGGCCUGGAGUUAAGGAUCGCGGUUGCCAGCGCUGACGAGGCGCGUCUGACGGCCGCAUGUGCGGAGGCCAGGCGGCACCAGGCGGCCGCAGAGCAAGAGCUGGCCAGCGUUAGGCAGCAGGUUGCGGAUGCAGAGCAACACCUGGCGACGCUGCAAGGGGAGAUAGAGCAGAAUGCCGCCGCACGGGUUGCUGCGGACGCGGCCGCUGAGCUUGGGGAUCUCCGUCAUGCGGUUCGGUCCCUGCAGCAGCGUUUGCAUGCCGCCGAGACAGCCGAAGCGGAUGCAAGGCAUCAGGCGCAGAUGGCCAGUAUUCGGCUGGUGCACAUGGACGAGCAUCUCAGGGUGAGCCAGGAGCAGGCUGCGCAGCAAGUGCAGGCGCAAGCCGUCCGGCUUGACGAUGCCCUGGCGGCUUGCGAGCAGGAGCGUCAACACGCCAAUGAGCUGCAAGAGCGCGUUGAUCGUUUAAAUCAGCAGUUAGAGGAGCACGGCAUCGUUCAGUUGGCGCAGGCGCAGGCGCACGCGGCUGCGCUGGAUGCCCAAGCGCAUGCACACGUUGCGCAGAUGGCACCUUUGGAAGCAGCGCUUGAGGAGGCCAAGGCACGCAGCGCCGCCGCGUCGGAGGCGCUUGAAGCGUCCAGAGCGGAGAUCAGCACACUGCAGGCGGAGGUGCAAAGGCUGACGGCCAAACUGACGGAUGAGGAAGGCGCGAAGCAACAUCUGUGCCUCGAGAUCGCACGAUCGGGGCAGAGCCUGGCGGAGGGACGCGCGGAGGCGGAGCGGCUGCACGGGCAGAUUGCACAGCUGACGGAGCAGCUGGCGGAGGCAAACCGGGGCUCAGAGGUGCAGCUGGAGGCGGCGAAGGAGCAGUACAGGCGCGCGCAGGAGCGGGCUGAGCAGCUGGAGGUGCGGCUAUCGGAGGCAGAAGCAGCAGCAGCAGCAGCAGCAGCUGCUGCUGCUGCUGCUGCUGCUGCCGAAUCGCCAGAACGCAGCGGCCACACGACGCCACGCAAGUUGCGAGCACCGCAGGAGGAUUCCCUGGAGCAGGAGAUCAGCCUGGUGUGCAGAUCGCCGGACCCUUCUACCGCCGCCACCGCCACGGGCACCAGCUCUCCGCCAUCCCCCGAGCAGCUGAGCAUCCAUCACGCGGCCAUGGCGCAGCUGCUGGCCGACUGCAAGGCGCUCCGAGAGCAGCGUGAUACCGCGAUUUCGGAGCUGCAGCAGGCGGCACUCGCGCUGACGGCCGCCGACGCGCGAGCGAGCGAGCUAGGUGCAAUAAAUGACCACCUCAAAGAGGAAGUGGCUCGCUUGCAAACGUUGGUAGUUGCUGCUACAGCCACGGUUGAGCACCUACAACUUCAGCGACAGCAGCAACAGCAGCAGCAGCAACUACAGCAGCAGGCGGCGACAUAUCGGGGUGCACAGCAGUGCCAGGCAACGCAGACGGAUCACGCCCACGCGAGAGACGCUGAUCCGGGCAGCGCGGCAGCACGGGGGAGUCCGGGAGUGGACUGUGUGGCCCCUGUAUCUGCACCCCCCAUGGAGGCAGCAGCUUACACCGUCCUCCUCCGGGCGCUGAGCGACCACGCCACCCUGGAGCGUCAGGUCUCGGAGCUGCAGGCAGAGCUGCAGACAGCUGCGUCGGCCAAAUCUGAGCUAGAAGACGAGGUCAUGUCUCUACAAACGGAGCUCAAGCGCUUGCAGCAGCAGCCAUCCGGUGCAGCGGCGGAUGCUGGCACCCGCCUCGGCGACACAGCGGACGCAGCGGCGAAAGCAGCAGCCCAUGCAACAGCAGACAUUGCGCACCUGCGUCGCCAAGUCGCGGAGCUCACCUCCUCCCUGCAGCGGUCGCAGCAGGACGCAGCUACCGCUGACGAGCGCGCCAUGCGGGCUCAGGACCGGGAGGCGCAGCUCGCAUGCGAGCUUGCGGAUGCGCGUGACGCGGAGACGCGGAUGCGCCAGGUGCUACACGCCGCCUGGGAAGAACAAGCAGGUGCAGCGGACAAGCUGGAGAUUUUGCGAGACAGAUUGCAGGUCGAGCGGAAGCGCCGAGCGGAGGCGGAGGCCAAGCGGUCCGGAAUGCUGGUGGUGGCUCCGCCUGCUGAGUCAUUGACUGGCUCUGGUUCCGGAGCAGCAGCAAACGAUGCCACUAUACGGCGGGAACCGCCGCCGUCGCCGCCGCGGCCGUUGCCGUCGCCGUCGCGGGCAGCACGCUCAGUCCGUCCGGGCAGCUGGGACGGCAGACCCGUAGCUGCAGGAAAUAGCGGCAACUCAUCCCCUAGCGGCUCCCAACGCGGGACCGCAUGUUCGGCGCCUGCUUCACUGAUUUUGACCGGUAGCUCGGACGGCACCCCCUCGGCACCAGCGCCAGCGCUGGGUGUGCAGGUGCCGCUGCCUGUACCCCUCUCUGCGCGGGUCGUUGAGGUGGAGUUGGAGUUUGACCGGAUGCGACAGCAGCUGGCGGAAGUGGAGGCCUCUGCGCACGCGUGGCUGCAGGCCCAACUAGAAACCCAGUUGCGACAGCACAGCCAGAAGCUGCGGGAGCUGCGGACCGAGGAGAUGCGACGACUGCAGGACGUCCGCGAAGAAUAUACACGGCUGGAGCAGCACUUGCAAAAGGAGCUGCAGCGCGCGCGGACAGCUGCGACACAGGCGGCGUCAGAGCUGCGGGACUGCAAGGAGGCGCUGCGGGAGGCCGAGCGGCAGAUCGCCGAAGCCGUCCAGGAGGCGCUCAAGUCCGCGCAGCAGGCCGCGACCUACCAGGCCCAAGUGCUUGCGCUGCAACAGGAGGGCUUGUACUCUGCAGACGUCAGCGGAGGAGGAGGAGGCAGCGGGGGCGGGGGCGGCAGCGGCGGCGGCAGCGGCAGCGGCAGCGGGGCCGGCGGCGGCAGCGGGGGCGGUGCCAGCGGUCUGGCUAGGUUCAGCGGCCGGAGCAACAACAGCACUGGCAGCGGCAGCACUCACCAUCUGCGGGCGGGCGGUGUGUCAGUGCCGCAGCGCACGCAGUCGGAGGGAACAGGUGCUCGGCUGCAGGCUCAAGCACAGGCAGUACCGGCCGAGCCGGUUCUGGCGCUACUGGCCGCUCCGCCUGUUGCAGCGGAGGCAGCAGCGCCGCCGCCGCCACACGACGAAGCACCAUCCGCCGGCGCUGCCGCUUUUGCAGCUGAGCGGAAGGUGAUGGAAUCGGAGCUUCAAGAGCUGCGCCGUCAGGUCGCCUCCCUUGAGCGGCAGCGAGCAGCGCACCAGGAGGAGUUGCAGCACGCGCAGGCGCGGCUGGCGGCUGUCGAGGCGCGGCACGCCGCGGCGGUCCAGCAGGUCGAAGCGCUUGCCGAGGAGCUGCGGACGCGCGAGCGCACGGAAGCGGACGAGCUCAAGGCCCGUGUGGCGCAGCAAGCGGAAGCGGAUGCCAGACUGCUCUGCGAGCUACGCUGCCAGCUGCGGGACACCCAGGAGAGGAUGGAGCGCUCCAGGGAGGAGCUGGGGCAAGCACGUGCGGAGCUGGAGCAGGCCAAGGCUGAGCUGCAGAGGAAGCGGAGCCCCGUGCAGCGGCGGCAGUCUGGAUCUGGGUCCGGACGGCCGCCGGCGGCGGCGCCGCCGCCGCCAGGCAACGACGGCGGCGGGACCAGCGGCGGCGGCAGCGGCGACAUGCUUGACAGAGAGGUGACGGCGCAGCUGGGAUCGGAUGGAAAUGGUGGUAGUGCGCGCAGUGUGCAGCAGACCAGCGCGGAUGAGGUAGAGGCCGCGGUCCGUCGUGUGCUGGCGUUGCUGGUGGGUGUUCGGCGCAGGGCCGCGGAUCUUGACGACGCCGCCACCCGCGGUAGCGGCCGCGGCGGCAGUCUAAGCGCGGAUGAGGGCGAGGGCGAUGUGGAGGGGACCAGGCGGGGCCUACAGAACGGCCGCGGUCGCAUGCAUCGCCGACGGCCCCGGCGGCGAUUGCAGGAGGGGCAGACACGGUUUUUUGUACAGUCACGAUCAUCACGAUCACAGUCAGCGUCGCGGCGGUACGACGAGUACGGCUACGAUGACGGGGACGAGUACGACUAUGACGAUGACGUUGCGAGCUUUGAGGACGGCGCUGCCAAUGACAUUAGUUUGAUGGAAGGCCUUGACUUAGCGACUCGGCUCCGCGAUGACCUUUUAGGGCUGCUCCGGCGCCAUGCACGAGGCACUACUGCCACCGGGAUGACCACGCUUCCCGGUGCCGCUGGGCUGGCGCUGGGGACCGGUGGCGGCGCCGCAAGACGUUACUUCGCCUCGACGGAGACGGCCACAGUGGCCUGCCAAACGGAUCCCGCGCCAGAGUACGGCGCGUUGGUGCCCAUGGUCCGCGUCAGCGCCGCCGCCAGCCACCUAUCGGAGCUGCAGCAGCAGCAGUCGGGGCUGCUGUCGCGGGUGGCGGCGCUGCGGUGCCAGGCAGCAGAGGCGGAGGCGCUUGCGUCAGCACGCACAGCACGCGUAGCGGAGCUACGGGCGCGGGAGCAUCAGCUGUCGACGCUGUGCGAGUCGCUGCAACGCCAGGCGGAGGACGCGCUAUGGGAAAUGGAGGUGCUACUAUGGGACCUUCGCUUUAGGGUUUUACCCUACUUUAGUCUAAGACGCGAAAGCUACGAGCGCUACAAGACGCUGGUCACCGACACCCGCAGCGCUCUGGAGAGCGAUUGCCAGCAGCUGAAGGGCAUCCGCGCGGACCUGCUCAUGGACGUGCAGCAGGCCCAGUCGCUGCUGCGCGACAGCCUGGUUGCGCUGCGCUUGGGGCGCGUGUCGUUGCAGGCGCACCGGGCAGUGGAUGCUGCUCUGAAGAACCUGACGGAGGCAGCGACGAAGGACCCCAGCGGCGUCGGAUCGCAGGUACUUCAACACGUCAAGGUGGUCUUCAACUGCAUGGCGGAUCUCUGCGGCCGAGCCGAGGCCCUGGCGGGGGCCGUCAGCCCGCUAGUCACAGAGCUCGGCAUAGCCCUCGCCGCCAGGGCCACCGCCGCAGCCGAAACCGACACCAGCGACCCACGGGUCGCCCAACAAGGAGAGCUCAUUACAACAGCCCCCUGGCGCGACGGCCCCCGACCGCCAGUGAGCCACAGUGGAGCCUUCAGGUCGGGACUGGGCAACCUUCCUGGCGAAGGGCCCGGCGACGAGGGCGCCAGGGGCUACCAGUCCUGGUCUUCUGCUGGCAGGGCCGGCGGCACCUGUGCAAAUCCCUCAUCGUCGAGGUUUGCUGCCGUGGGGGCAAGCCGGGGGGAGGCCAUGGAGCCGGCACCUUCGUUCCGAGGCCGGAACGGAAUGGAGCAGCCCGCGCAGCCAUUGCAGCAGCAGCAGCAGCAGCAGCAGCAGCAACAACAGCCCGACCCCUCAGAGGUUCAGCGUGCUGUUAAGUGGGCGUACAUGCAGCUGCACACCCGCGCACGCAAGUUCAGCAAGGCGCUCAAGGCCAUGGAGGCGGGGGAGCAGCUGCCGGUGGAGCUCCUUCAGGAGGGCUUCCAGCGGCUGUGGAACAGUGCCGAGGAGCAGCUGAGCGGUCUCAUGCGCAUGGCAAGCGGAUGCAACGUCGCGGCCACAGCCAUAGCCACGACGGCAGCGCCGCCUCCUCCUCCGGCUCCGCCUCCGCUUCAGCCACUCAGUCCUCGCGCCGCCACCGCCGCCGCCGCCGCCGCCGCCGCUGCUGCCGCCUUGUCGUCGUCGUCGUCGCCGUACCGCCCUGGCCACUCAGCGAUUUCCAUCGCGGCCGGUGGCGCCUGGCACCACGGUCCGGCUCAGGGCGGCAGGGACGCAGAGAGGAACGGUGCUGCGGCGGCGGUGCACAUGGUGCCGCCGCCGCCGCCGAACAACCUAUAUGCGCCGCCAGCGAACCAGCAAAGCGCGUCAUCACUGGCGGCUGGCGGAGGGCGAGUUCCAUCAUCCGGGCUGAGUGGCAGGGCGCCGCUCGCAGCCGUCGAAAACGUGUUGGAUGACGCUGGAUGUGGCCACCAGCACGUGCAUGUGCAUGUGCAUGGCAGGGCGAAGCGCAGUGGCGCCGGAGUUGCUGCGGCUGCUGCUGCUGCUGCCAACCGGCGGGGCCCGCCCGCUAAGGCCGCCCAGAGCCUGGCUGCGUCCCUGGAUGCUGCGCACUCGGGAGAAGUGCAACCGACCGCUUCCGGAGAAGCGCCUGGACAUGUACGGCAGCAACAGCACCUGUCGCAACAGGCGCCGCAGCCGCAGCCGCAGCGGAGGCAAUUGCCUUCGUCCGUCGGCUCGCAGCCCACUUCUGUACGACUGCUUCAAUCGCGGCGAUCAGAACUCCCGCAACAGCCGCAACAGCCGCAACAGCGCGCGAAUCAGGCGGAGUUUAGACGUGAGGUGACGUUCGCUGCACCGCCGCAACAGCAACCACCAUCACGGAGUGGGAGGGGGGCGGCGCUGGGGCCCGGCCGCGAUGAGUCACUGCCGCAGCGCCGUACCAUCGAACACCAGCUGCAGCAGGUGCUGAGUCUUGCCAGGGAGAUGCAAAAGCACAGCUAA